UUGAACAGCUUCACAGAAAGUAAUUGUUUUUCCGGCCGCUGCUGCUGUGCUAUGCAGCGUUGCUACAGAGGCAAUCGGGGGUACGGUGGAAGGAGCUGGCGCUAUUCUCUGGCGGUCUAAUAGCCUAACUUAUUGGCAAGCCGAAUUGAUUUGAUAUUUUCUUCUCAUAUAUUUGUUAGAAACCGUCAGACGUGCCGAAAUGAACCGUUUUCUUUUGCCCACCGUUAUGUACUGUCUUGUGGUUGUGGUAGCUUCGCUGGGCCACCCUAAGGUUGUCGCUCCCCCGGCUCAGCCUUGUCUUGCUCCCCUGCAAUGGGAAGGCAGAUCUGUGGAGUAUGAUCACAGUACAGGGCGGAACACAAGGGCCAUGGUGUCGUAUGAUGGACAGAACCAGCGAAUUAGGGUCUUGGAGGAGAAGAAAGGACAUGUACCGUGUAAGAAGUUCUUUGAAUACAUCUAUCUUUACAAGACCGCCACGCUGUUCCAGAUUGUGCAGAGUACCAAGCAGUGCGCUAAGCUUCCUCUGACUCAAGCCUGGGACCCCUACGAUAUUCCAGACAACUCCACUUACGAGGACCAGUAUUUCAUCGGCGGGCCGGGCGACAUGAUUGAGGUUCAGGAAUGGUCGGAUAGGAAACCAGCCCGCAAAACGGAGGCCUGGGUCGGUGUUUACACUGUCAAGGACUGUUACCCAGUGCAGGAGACCUACACCCGGAACUACAGCGUGACCACCUCCACCCGCUUCUUUGAUCUGCAACUUGGCAUCAGCGACCCGGCCGUCUUCACCCCGCCCAGCACCUGCCAGUCCGCGAGCCCGGAGAGGAUGAGCCGGGGCUGCUGAUUCCUAGGGCACCGCCUCUGGCACCUGCGUCAUCUCUCACACCCACAAACACUUAGCGCAUAAAGAAAAACAGCUAGGUGCUGAAGGAAGGCCCACUGACCUACUGUACUAUUGGGAGAAUUAUACGAGCGCUUGGGAUACUAAUAAACCCGGUUUAUUGGAUUUAAAGGUUUGUAGGAAAAAGUUCAGUCACUGAAAAAUAUGCCGGGUCUGAAUUCUUGAUUCGUGGUGUAGAAUAUUAUAGGAGUCAUUUACAAGCUUGAGUCAAAACUGGAGGCGCUGUGUAUUUGCGCAAUUUGUGCAUCGUUUCAAAAUAAUAUAUUUAAAACGUUUUUCCCCUGAUGAAGGUUGAAGAGUUUGAAAGUUUUUUGUCUUAAUAUAUUUGUUGAUCAGCCAGGUAAGCAACCCAGUGUGUGGCCUAUCUUCUAAAAUUAGAUGGAUAGAAUUUUGAAUUAUUUUGUCUUUUACUUCCAGUCCUCCACAGCCAAAAAGCUGAAUAUAAUGAUCCACUGACAAAGGAAAUCCUUUAGAAGCAACUUGUGACCUUAAUUGUAUGACCUUAUAAUACUAGAAGGCCUUUUUUUUAGUUUGUGUGAUGGUAUUGUUCAGGAAUGAUUUUAUUCCAUGCUUAAUGUAAGAACUUUCCAUGCUAACAAUAUAUUCAUAACCUGCUGAAUUCACUAAAUGUUGCACUAUUUUUUGAAUGUGUUUUAGAAUCCUAAUUUAAAAGAUGAAAGUGUCAUUUAUUUUGAACUCAUUAGAUAGGAUUUGUUUUGUUGUAGUAUGCAUUAAUACUUAAUUGGUACCUUGAUGUGUAGCAAAUAAAAAGAUAAUAUUACAUAGUUUUUUUUGCAUUUUGCACAGCACACAUUGGAGAUGGGUGUUGAGAUGAUGUCAAUAUUGUGGCACACAAUCAGAUGUGAUGUAUUCGAUCCAAUAAAAUAUUUGUCUGGUUA